AUGAUGCAGGGGCUUUUCGCCACGGGUGCCGCAGUGCUAGCGCAAGGUCUCGCGUACGCUGCGCUUUUGCUGUCGAUGAAGUUUAUCUUUGUCUAUCUGGAGUUUCCCUACCCGUUGUUCAUCUCGGCGUGCAACAGCUUUUGCGGAGUUAUCGUCCUCCUUUUUUCUUCCGCCGUACCCGUAGUAUCUAUCUGCACGACAAAAAGUCAUGACGGUGGCGCUGCUUCACCUACGUCCGAGGUUGUGGACGGGGCAGAGCUACUCCUGAGCAAGGGCACGAGGAAGCAGAGUGCCACUGUUUCACGACUAAAGAAUGCAAAAGUGCCGACUACAAUUCCUUCUCGAAUCGCAGCGCAGCAGCAUGGAGAUGCAGGCGUAACCGUACUCAGUCUGGCUUCUUCAUCAUGUCCCAGCACCACGGCCUCUUCUAGUGAAGAAUACCAUGACGAUGUCGACGAAUCGCGAAGGCACCACGGCGGCCACUAUGGGUCUCAGACGCUCAUAAAAACGAGACGCAGGACGCCUGAACAGUGUGGAACUGUCUUCACUGACAGGGCUGAUGAUGCAGGCGCCCAAAAAAAGUUUUGCCAUCGACUUGAUACUGAAGACGCUCAAGAGGCUCCUGCCACUAUCGACCGAAGCGCACAACAAGUGGCAGAAACCCUCGACUACGUAUAACAGGAGCAGCUAUUAAAUCGAAAACUAUUUUCAAAAAUGUGUUUUAUUGUAAAACUAUUGUGAUUAUGUAGCUAUUUUAUGAUUAACUAUCUAGGUUUUCUCAUAGCUAAUGUGGGUAGUUGUCUUGCGGCUGUGUGUACACAGCCGCAAGACAGCUACCUACUUUACCUUAACUAUCAGCUAGCUAAUUAACCAUAAGCUAAGUAGUUUUGACAUGCAUAUUUAUAAUAGAACAAAUUUUUGAAAAUUUCAAUCGAUUUAAUAGCUGCUCCUGUUAUACUACGGCGCUCUAAUUUAUUUCGGCGGUUUCUUUGGUGCUGUAAAUAUCGGUCUGUCUAAUCAAGCACUCAGCCUCCUGGACCCGCCGAAUUACGGAGUCUUGAUGAAAAACCUACUACUGUCGGAUGUGAUUGUGUUCUUUCUGCUGGAUUCGUUGAAUGAUAAAUCUGUCGCGAGCAGUGAGCAGCAGGCGACGUUUAGCGCGGCCGCCAGCAAUGCGACAAAAGCCGAGAGGGAAAGUUUCACGUUGGAGGGGGCGGAAUCGUUCCAUGACAGCACAACAUCGUCUGCACCAGCCAAGCAGCUGUCGCCCGAAGAACAUAGCAGGAAAAGACGACUGCUGGCCCGAAGGUAUCUGUUUCCAUGGCACGCGUUGCCGAACCCCUUCCGUGUUUGCUUGCAGCUUGGCCUGGUCUUGUGUGGGGCAGUCGGCUCUGCCUGGCUGGUGGCUUCAGCACCGGACACGAGUAAAAGUGGCGAACCCUCUGAACCUGCCGCACAACUGGGGAAGAACGAGCAGACCGACUGGAGCCCCUUGCUGGGCGCAUCCUUGUGCUUCCUCGCCCUCCUGUUUUCCAGCCUGAAGGAUGCGGUGAGGCAGUACUGCUUGCACAAAGAGAAGCGAUUGCCUGUGUUCUUGGAGCGGCCUCUACGUGGCUCGGGCUCUGCAGCAAUUUCUUGUUCGGACAGGCUUGUCGACGUAGAUGGCCUGGGAGCGGGAAGCGCUGCGGGAUGCGGAGGCGCUGACCGCUUCGGAAAGCUGCAUGGCCAAGACAUUGCAAGGGGGAAAGUUACCAUUUCCGUCGUCGAGUACUCGGCCAAGGCUUGCGCUGUACAGUUUUUGUGUUUGCUGCUGGGUGCUUUGAGCAUCGAGGGCCGAGCACCAUUUCUGAUUUUCAAAGCUGGAUUGAUGGGAGCUUGUGGUGUGGUUGUAACUUCAGCUUCAAAAGAGGAGCAGCAGAGAGAUGGUCUUCUUGUCGUAUGUACGGCGCUUUGUUGCCUUCUCGGAUUCGCAGUGACAACGGCCACGGCUGAGCUGUCGAAGUUGACGGAUGUGGUUUCGCAAGCUUGCUACCGAUACUUGAGCUUCCUCCUCCUCGCGGUCUUUUCGUUUGUUGUUUUCCGCCAGGCUCUGACCGGGGCGCAGAUUGCGCUGUCCGGAGUGAUGUUCUGCGGGAUUUUUUGGUUUGCGCUGGAUUUCCACUGUGGUGAGAAGCGCGACGGUGCCCAAACUACACCACCCGAUCCAACGGAGAAGCCGAGCGCCGGCGCUGCGGUGGCAAGCGCGCUCGGCCCCCCUUCUUGCGCUGCAAUAUCUACUGCGGUCGGGGAGGCCUGCAAUGGCAAUAGGCCUGUCGCGAAGAACCACUCACCCGCUUCCUCUGCGUCCAACGGAGGCACCGACACAAGCGGAAGCGCGUGGGCAGGGCCCGCGCAAUGCCGCGUGGCUAUAUCUGUUUUCGUGUCUGUUGCAGCCAUUGCCUUUGUUUGGCACAAUGUCAAUGUAAGCGGCGCUAGUUUGCGUAGCGGAACUGCUUUACGGAGUAUGGCGCUCCUACAGCCACCAGCCCCGCCGGGUCUAGUAUUGUCCGAGCCACCGCUGAACGGUAUCACACUCAACAUGGCCCGAGCAGCGUCUCGCCCCCUCCUCCGCGCAGCGCAAUUUGCGCCCGGCCACGGGCGCGCCAGCCGCCUGAAGGUAGGGAAGAAAAGAGCCACGCCGCGAAGCGAAAACAGCGGGCCAAAGGUAGCACGUCCGUGGGACCCUCGGGCGCCGUUGUCCUCUGCUAGCGGUGUCGGUGUCGGAAUCUCUCGGGGGCGCGAGGCUAAGCCCGCCGCCCAUGCCGGCCAGAUCGUGAAGGCGGGCGGCAAAAACAACGCGCGUGGCGCUCAAGAAAAAUUCGACAGUGAUCCGGCAGUGGCCAGCGGUGAAACACUGGUCGAAAGCGGCCGCCUGCUGGCAGGGCAGACCGUCCGCAAGACCCCUGCGCCAAAGCAGGGCGUGGAGGAAGGCAGCGGACCAGAAAGAAGCGCUGCGGCUGCAGCUCCGAACGACCAGUACCCACUGGCGGCGCACGGGACCGACUUGAGGCGGCUCGGCAUUUUUCUCAAUCCGGAGAAAGCCGCGAAAGGCGGGUCGGUAGCAGCGAUCGGCGAGGAGCGCGCGGACUUCCAAGCGCGCGGCCCUGCCGAAGAUGUCGCAAAGGGCGAGGCCUGCACCUGUGGGCGCUGGGGCGAGUUCACCAGAAUGGAUAAGCCCAGUGACCUUGGCUUCUGUGAGGCUCUGGAUGAAAAAACUGCGGCUGGCCGGCGAGAAAUCGAACACAGGUUGGAGACGACCCGUGGUUACACGCCAACCUGUUGCAGAAGGCAGACGACGCAAGUCUUGUGGGAUCUGGCGGACAACGUUUUUGACAAGUACGGCCUAGAAUACGCCUUGCACGGUGGCACUGCUUUGGCAGCAAUUCGGUGUGGCAGUAUAACUAGCUACGACUACGACCUGGAUCUGAUGGUGUAUGCGCCGGGGUCCUUGGAGCUUGCGAAGCGCCAGUUGCGAAUGUGGGUGCAGGAUUUUCGCAGCAACAAGAAGGGCGCUAGCAACACCGUGGGACUUAUGGCAACGAGAUCGCGCGCCAAAGAAGAAAACGGCGGCAGCCCGCCACGACCUUGGCAGAUCCCUAUCGAAGACGCCGCGACGCGUUCGAUUGGUGCGCACCUACGCUCACGCGGAGUCGGUUCUGCUCUCAUUGACGAAUUCCUCGACGAGCUUGCAUUAUCUGGCUCUGAAGGUGAAGAACUCGAUCCGACUAAAAGCCAUGCUGAUGCUGACGGAGCUAGCGCAGCCGCACCCAGAGCCACCUCUCCUUUGGCGGGUUCGCAAGCUUCGCUAAGGAAAGACGGCGAUGCCGUAUCCAUCUUCGAGCACGUGCACGGCCGCGACAGAAUCUGGCAGGUCGGUCGCGCGCCAAGUUUCCUACCGAAUGGCACUGCCACGUUUCGGCUCGCGUCGGUGGAGUUUCUUGUUUUGCAGGGGUUGGGCGCCCCUGACAGUUUUCAUCCGGACCCGGGGCCGAGGAAUUUCGAAAUAACCGGGGAGUUCACAAACCGAGACACACGGCCAGGCGCCGUGCAGAAUGGCUCGGUGCAUGCUGAUAUCUACGUUUCCGACGCCAAGCCACCGGCGCUUCGCCCCGUGUUUUUUGGCGGCCGAAUUGUCAAGGCGGCCGCUGAAGCGCGCGCAGAGUUGCAUGAGAAGUAUGGAGCGUCCUACUUCACGCCUUUACGCUGGAAGAAACACGGGGUCGAGAUGCAGUCUGUGACCUCGGAAGACACGUGCGAAAAGAAAUCCUGCGAAGCGGCCCGGGCAGAGAUGCGCGAGAAGCUCUGUCCUGUUGUGCCGGAUUUGAUGUUCGGGGCGGCGGAAAGCGAGGAGUGUUAA